UCACUGACCAUUGCUCCCUCUUAGCCUUCAGAUCUGCACCCCAUGAUGACAGCUGCCCUCAUCUCCAACAAACCGGAGUUUGUGAGGCUCUUUCUGGAGAAUGGGGUGCGGCUGAAGGAGUUUGUCACUUGGGACACUCUACUCUGCCUGUACGAGAACCUGGAGUCAUCCUGCCUCUUCCACAGCAAGCUGCAGAAGGUGCUGGCUGAGGAGCAUGAGCGCCUGGCCUGUGCGCCUGCUGCACCCCGGCUGCACAUGCACCACGUGGCCCAGGUACUGCGUGAGCUCCUGGGGGACACCACACAGCUGCUGUACCCCCGGCCCCGGUACAGUGACCGGCCACGGCUCUCACUGCCCAUGCCGCACAUCAAACUCAAUGUACAGGGAGUGAGUCUCCGGUCCCUCUAUAAGCGAUCAACAGACCAUGUUACCUUCACCAUCGACCCAGUCCGCGACCUUCUCAUUUGGGCCAUCAUCCAGAACCGCCAGGAGCUGGCAGGCAUCAUCUGGGCUCAGAGCCAGGACUGUAUUGCUGCAGCACUGGCCUGCAGCAAGAUCCUGAAGGAGCUGUCCAAGGAGGAGGAAGACACAGACAGCUCGGAGGAGAUGCUGGCGCUGGCGGAUGAGUUUGAGCACAGAGCUAUAGGUGUCUUCACUGAGUGCUACCGGAAGGAUGAGGAGAGAGCUCAGAAGCUUCUUGUCCGUGUGUCAGAGGCCUGGGGGAAGGCCACCUGCCUGCAGCUGGCCCUAGAGGCCAAGGACAUGAAAUUCGUGUCUCAUGGAGGCAUCCAGGCCUUCCUGACCAAGGUGUGGUGGGGCCAGCUCUGUGUGGACAACAGCCUGUGGCAGGUCAUCCUGUGCAUGCUGGCCUUUCCAUUGCUCUUCACCGGCCUCAUCUCCUUCAGGGAGAAGAGGCUGCAGGCCCUGUGCCGGCCGGCCCGCGUCCGCGCCUUCUUCAACGCGCCCGUGGUCAUCUUCCAUCUGAACAUCCUGUCCUACUUUGCCUUCCUCUGCUUGUUCGCCUACGUGCUCAUGGUGGACUUCCAGGCCUCACCGUCCUGGUGCGAGUGCCUCAUCUACCUGUGGCUCUUCUCCCUGGUGUGCGAGGAGACGCGGCAGCUCUUCUACGAUCCCGAUGGGUGUGGGCUGAAGAAGAUGGCGUCCCUGUACUUCAGUGACUUCUGGAACAAGCUGGACGUUGGUGCCAUUCUGCUCUUCAUAGUAGGACUGACCUGCCGGCUCAUCCCAGGGACGCUGUACCCCGGGCGCAUCAUCCUAUCUUUGGACUUCAUCAUGUUCUGCCUCCGCCUCAUGCACAUCUUUACUAUCAGCAAGACGCUGGGGCCCAAGAUAAUCAUCGUGAAGCGCAUGAUGAAGGACGUCUUCUUCUUCCUCUUUCUCCUGGCGGUGUGGGUGGUGUCCUUCGGAGUGGCCAAGCAGGCCAUCCUCAUCCACAACGAGAGCCGGGUGGACUGGAUCUUCCGUGGGGUCGUCUACCAUUCCUACCUGACCAUCUUUGGGCAGAUCCCAACCUACAUCGACGGUGUGAAUUUCAGCAUGGACCAGUGCAGCCCCAAUGGCACAGACCCCUACAAGCCCAAGUGUCCCGAGAGCGACUGGACAGGGCAGACGCCCGCCUUCCCUCAGUGGCUGACGGUCACCCUGCUCUGCCUCUACCUGCUCUUUGCCAACAUCCUGCUGCUCAACCUGCUCAUCGCCAUGUUCAACUACACAUUCCAGGAAGUGCAGGAACACACAGACCAGAUCUGGAAGUUCCAGCGCCAUGACCUGAUUGAGGAGUACCAUGGCCGGCCGCCAGCACCUCCCCCCUUCAUCCUCCUCAGCCACCUGCAGCUCUUGAUCAAGAGGAUUGUCCUGAAGAUCCCUGCCAAGCGGCACAAACAGCUCAAGAACAAACUGGAGAAGAAUGAGGAGGCAGCCCUCCUGUCCUGGGAGCUCUACCUGAAGGAGAACUACCUACAGAACCAGCAGUACCAGCUCAAACAGCGGCCAGAACAGAGGAUCCGGGACAUCAGUGAGAAAGUGGACACCAUGGUGGAUCUGCUGGACAUGGACCGUGUGAAGAGGUCUGGCUCCAUGGAACAGAGGCUGGUCUCCCUGGAGGAACAGGUAGCUCAGACGGCCAGAGCUUUGCACUGGAUCGUGACAACCCUGAAGGACAGUGGCUUUGGCUCAGAGGCAGGUGUGCUGACCCUGGCAUCCCAAAGGACCUUCGAUGAGCCAGAUGCUGAACUGAACAUCAGGAGGAAAGCGGAGGAGCCAGGAGAUGGUUACCAUGUGAACGCCCGGCACCUCCUCUACCCCAAUGCCCGCAUUAUGCGCUUCCCUGUGCCCAAUGAGAAGGUGCCCUGGGAGGCGGAGUUUCUGAUCUACGACCCCCCAUUUUACACAGCUGAGAAGAAAGACGUGGCCCUCACAGAUCCUGUGGGAGACAUGGCAGAACCUCUGUCGAAGAUCAGUUACAAUGUCGUGGAUGGACCAACGGACCGUCGUAGCUUCCAUGGAGCCUACGUGGUAGAGGAUGGGCUUCCUUUGAACCCCAUGGGCCGUACGGGGUUGCGUGGACGCGGGAGCCUCAGCUGGUUUGGACCCAACCACACACUGCAGCCGGUGGUUACUCGGUGGAAGAGGAACCAGGGCGGAGCCAUCUGCCGGAAGAGCGUCAGAAAGAUGCUGGAGGUGCUGGUGAUGAAGCUGCCCCACUCCGAGCACUGGGCCUUGCCGGGGGGAUCUCGGGAACCGGGGGAGAUGUUGCCACGGAAGCUGAAGCGGGUCCUCCGGCAAGAGUUCUGGGUGCCCUUUGAGACCUUGCUGGUGCAAGGUACAGAGGUGUACAAAGGGUAUGUGGAUGACCCAAGGAACACAGACAAUGCCUGGAUUGAGACAGUGGCCAUCAGCAUCCAUUUCCAGGGCCAGAAUGAUGUGGAGCUGAAGAGUCUGGAAGAGAACCUGCGCACCCACGACCCAAAGGAGUCAACCCGCGGCCUGCAGAUGUCUACUGAAUGGCAGGUGGUGGAUCGGCGCAUCCCCCUGUACGCAAACCACAAGACCAUCCUCCAAAAGGUGGCCUCGCUGUUUGGAGCUCACUUCUGACUGUGGCUUCUGGUGGAACUAGCUCCAGGGGCAGGCAUGGCUAGCCACCAAUGUUCCCCAACACCACUUGGGCUGCUUUACCUUGGUCUGGGUGGCAGACUAGGGUACUGGGUUGGGGUGGUAGGUAGUGGUGCUGGGUUGGGGUGACCACAGGAUCUUAACAAGUCCCCAGAGGUGCUGUCCUGAAAGCCACCUCUGCUACAACAGGAUUACGGAUGAGGACAGAGUGUAUUCAGCGGCUCCCGGUGCCUGUGUCCUCAGGUACCACUGACUUGACCUUGGCUUUAUGGGGCCCUGUCCAGCCAGAUGCUGCCAUUACCCAUAAUCCUGACUGGAAGAGCUACCUCUGGGGCAGGUGCUAUCUCCUGGAGGGACUUCUAUCCUCAUUGUGGGAGCCUUCUACCCUAGGCAGAAGGCAGAUAGAGGCUGGAUCUCCUUCAGGAAGAGACACUGUCCUCAUGAUUCCUGGCCGGUGCUGGGUCACAGGCACUGGGGAGGCAGUGAGGACUUUGAUAUAAAUGAUUGUCAUCCCUAGACUUUAGAAAGCACUCAAGCAGGGCAUCCCCCAGCUCCAGCUGACCUGCUGGAUACAGGAAGUAUCAGAAGAAGACAGUGCAUCCUGUCACAGCCUCUAGAGGAAUGUACCAUUCUCUGACAGGGUGACCUAUGACUCAGGGAUUGGUACUGACUACAAGACCAACUCUGCAGCCAGGGUAGGGGUGGGCAAUGCUGAGGUUUAAUGGGAUGGGACAAUAAAGGACUGGUAUGAUCAGUCUAUCUAAAAAUUAA